UAUUUGUGAUUUAGCCACAAGCAGGAAGGUUCAGUAAGUUGUGCACUUUCGAGACUCCGUGAAAUAUAGCUCAUAAAUUGGGUUUCACGUGCUGAAAACUAACCGUGAAGCCUCAAAUAUAAAGUACUCACGUUGUGCCUUAAAAUGUUAUUAACGCAUUAAACGAUGCACGAUGAGAUCGUCAUGUAAACUGAUCUAACCUCAGAAACAUCAAUUAGGUUGCAGAUGCUAAUUAAUAUUACCCAAUUCUGAAUGUUUAGCGAAUCAGUGACAAGAGUCAACCUUUUGUGUUAUAAUGUCCGUGAUCGUUUUUUCAAAUACAUAGUAUAAUAGUAUAACUCCUAUUAACACUGAUUAAUUUUCUGCACGUGGUCCUUUACGUCACUCUCACACAGAUGACCCUGAUGAGUAGCUGAUAAGAUCAUUCGGUUAUUCAUUGGGUUUAAACUACCACUGUGGCACCCAAUCCAUAUAGGCGUUAUUUGGCAACCCUUUUUAAACCCAGCAGCAGGACUUCGUGUUUAGGGAUUUGUGAGGCGUACUUUUGAUUUCUUUUAGGUUUUCCCUGGUUUAAACAUGUCUGGAGUUGUUUUGGGUCUCUGUGUGGUGUUGAUGAUUAGUGUCUCAUGCUCAGGACAAACACUUGAAUGCUUUCACUGUGAACUUGGAUUCUGGGACAUGUGCCACACUACCAAAGUGAACUGCAGUGCUGGGGAACACUGUUUUGUUGGCAUUGGUGUGGCAGCCUCUGUUCUGAAAAUCAAGAUGAUGGGUUGCCUUGCCAGUGAUGACUGCAACAAAACUACCAUUGUGACCUUUCCUGCAAAUAAGACCCUCUACAAAAUGACAAAGUAUUGCUGUGAGGAAAACUACUGUAAUGGAGGCACUGAAGUCCGAAUAGAAUCAUAUACACUGAUUACACUAGUUAUUGCUCAGAUAAUGUGUCUAACUUUAUAAUGCAUGCUGGUUGUGUUUUUGUGUAAUUUGUCUGAGAUUUGGUUUGCAGGAUGGUUUGGGUUAAUGGGAGGUUUAAGAAGCACUUUGGGAGUUCAAGAAGGCUUAUUGAAAUUUCAUAUGUUUAUUAUGGAAAUGUAA